GCCGCCCUCGCCGGCGCCGGGGACCCUCCGCUGUGGGGCGGCCGGGCAGCGCCUCCCGCCAGCCUCGGGGCAGCGUGGCCCUCGCCGCGCCCACCCUCGCCCCUGUCGGCAGCCCCGGCGCGAAGUAACUUUUGCAUUCCCGCCUCCCCUCCCCAAGGGCCGGGGGACCAGAGGCGGUGCCGAGCCUGGGUGGGGGGCGGUCCCCUGGCGGCGCCGGCUCUCGUCGGAGCCAGACUUUUGCUCCCGGGCUGGGUUUGCAUCAUCCCCAUCACACCCUCAGGAGAGACGCGCCGGCCCCCUCGCCAGCCGCAGCUUCCGGCUCCGAGCCGACCCCCUCCCUCCCUCUCCGGCCCGGUCCCCUCCUGGGCCCGGUGCUCCGCGGUCUCGGCGCCCGCUGCCCCCGCGCUGGGUGUCUGAUGCCCCCCGCGCUCUGAGGCAGGAUGGUCGACCUGGAGAGCGAGGUGCCCCCCCUGCCUCCGAGGUACCGGUUUCGCGACUUGCUGCUCGGGGACCAAGGAUGGCAGCACGACGACAGGGUACAAGUUGAAUUCUAUAUGAAUGAAAACACAUUUAAAGAGAGACUAAAGUUGUUUUUCAUUAAAAACCAGAGAUCAAGUCUAAGGAUACGCCUAUUCAAUUUUUCUCUCAAAUUAUUAAGCUGCUUAUUGUACAUAAUUCGAGUACUACUAGAAAACCCUUCACAAGGAAAUGAAUGGUCUCAUAUCUUUUGGGUGAACAGAAGUCUACCUUUAUGGGGUUUACAGGUUUCAGUGGCAUUGAUAAGCCUAUUUGAAACAAUACUACUUGGUUAUCUCAGUUAUAAGGGAAACAUCUGGGAACAGAUAUUACGAAUACCCUUCAUCUUGGAAAUAAUUAACGCAGUUCCCUUCAUUAUCUCAAUAUUCUGGCCUUCCUUAAGGAAUCUAUUUGUCCCAGUCUUUCUUAACUGUUGGCUUGCCAAACAUGCCUUGGAAAAUAUGAUUAAUGAUCUACACAGAGCAAUUCAGCGUACACAGUCUGCAAUGUUUAAUCAAGUUUUGAUUUUAAUAUCUACAUUAUUAUGCCUUAUCUUCACUUGCAUUUGUGGAAUCCAACAUUUGGAACGAAUUGGAAAGAAGCUGAAUCUCUUUGACUCUCUUUAUUUCUGCAUUGUGACAUUUUCUACUGUGGGCUUUGGUGAUGUCACUCCUGAAACAUGGUCUUCCAAGCUUUUUGUCGUUGCUAUGAUUUGUGUGGCUCUUGUGGUUCUCCCCAUACAGUUUGAACAACUGGCCUAUUUGUGGAUGGAGAGACAAAAGUCAGGUGGGAACUAUAGCCGACAUAGAGCUCAGACUGAAAAGCACGUUGUUCUGUGCGUCAGCUCCUUGAAGAUUGACUUACUUAUGGACUUUUUAAAUGAAUUCUAUGCCCACCCAAGACUACAGGAUUAUUAUGUGGUGAUUUUGUGUCCUACUGAAAUGGAUGUGCAAGUUCGAAGGGUACUACAGAUUCCAAUGUGGUCCCAACGAGUUAUCUACCUUCAAGGUUCAGCCCUAAAAGACCAGGACCUCUUGAGGGCAAAGAUGGAUGAUGCUGAGGCCUGUUUUAUUUUGAGUAGUCGCUGUGAAGUGGACAGGACAUCAUCUGAUCACCAAACAAUUUUAAGAGCUUGGGCUGUAAAAGAUUUUGCUCCAAAUUGCCCUUUGUAUGUGCAGAUCUUAAAGCCUGAAAAUAAAUUUCAUAUCAAGUUUGCUGAUCAUGUUGUUUGUGAAGAAGAGUUCAAAUAUGCCAUGUUAGCUUUAAACUGUAUAUGCCCAGCAACAUCUACACUUAUUACACUACUGGUUCAUACCUCUAGAGGGCAGGAAGGCCAGCAGUCGCCAGAACAGUGGCAGAAGAUGUACGGCAGGUGCUCUGGGAAUGAAGUCUACCACAUUGUUCUGGAAGAAAGCACAUUUUUUGCUGAAUAUGAAGGAAAGAGUUUUACAUAUGCCUCUUUUCAUGCUCACAAAAAGUUUGGUGUUUGCUUGAUUGGUGUCAGGAGGGAGGAUAAUAAAAACAUUUUGCUGAAUCCAGGCCCUCGCUACAUUAUGAAUGCUACAGACAUAUGUUUUUAUAUUAAUAUUACCAAAGAAGAGAAUUCAGCCUUUAAGAACCAAGACCAGCAGAGAAAAAGCAAUGUAUCAAGGUCAUUUUACCAUGGACCUUCCAGAUUACCUGUACAUAGCAUAAUUGCCAGCAUGGGUACUGUGGCUAUAGACUUGCAAGACACGAGCUGUAGAUCAGCAAGUGGCCCUACCCUGACUCUUCCUGUAGAGGGAAGUAAAGAAGUAAGAAGACCUAGCAUUGCUCCUGUUUUAGAGGUUGCAGAUACAUCAUCAAUUCAAACAUGUGAUCUUCUAAGUGACCAAUCAGAAGAUGAAAAUACACCAGAUGAAGAAAUAUCCUCGAACUUGGAGUAUGCGAAAGGCUACCCGCCAUACUCUCCCUACAUAGGAAGCUCACCCACUUUUUGUCAUCUCCUUCAGGAAAAAGUGCCAUUUUGCUGCUUAAGAUUAGACAAGAGUUGCCAGCAUAACUACUAUGAGGACGCAAAAGCCUAUGGAUUCAAAAAUAAGCUAAUUAUAGUUGCAGCUGAAACAGCUGGAAAUGGAUUGUAUAAUUUUAUUGUUCCUCUCAGGGCAUAUUAUAGACCAAAGAAAGAACUUAAUCCCAUAGUACUGCUAUUGGAUAACCCGCCAGAUAUGCAUUUUCUGGAUGCAAUCUGUUGGUUUCCAAUGGUUUACUACAUGGUGGGCUCCAUUGACAACCUAGAUGAUUUACUCAGGUGUGGAGUGACCUUUGCUGCCAACAUGGUGGUUGUGGACAAAGAGAGCACCAUGAGCGCAGAGGAGGACUACAUGGCAGACGCCAAGACCAUUGUCAACGUGCAGACUCUUUUCAGGUUGUUUUCCAGUCUCAGUAUUAUCACAGAACUCACUCACCCUGCCAACAUGAGAUUCAUGCAAUUCAGAGCCAAAGACUGUUACUCUCUUGCUCUUUCAAAACUGGAAAAGAAAGAACGGGAGAGAGGGUCUAACUUGGCUUUUAUGUUUCGACUGCCUUUUGCUGCUGGAAGGGUAUUUAGCAUCAGUAUGUUGGACACACUUCUGUAUCAGUCAUUUGUGAAGGAUUAUAUGAUUUCUAUCACCAGACUUCUUUUGGGACUUGAUACAAUACCAGGAUCUGGCUUUCUUUGUUCUAUGAAAAUCACUGAGGAUGACUUAUGGAUCAGAACAUAUGCCAGGCUUUAUCAGAAGUUGUGUUCAUCUACUGGAGAUGUUCCCAUUGGAAUCUACAGGACUGAAUCUCAGAAGCUCACUACAUCUGAGUCUCGAGAAAUAGCAUCCCAAUCUCAAAUCUCUAUCAGUGUAGAAGAGUGGGAGGACACCAAGGACUCCAGAGAGCCAGGGCACCAUCGCGGCAACCACCGCAACUCCACGUCCAGUGACCAGUCGGACCACCCUCUGCUGCGCAGAAAGAGCAUGCAGUGGGCCCGAAGACUGAGCAGAAAAGGCCCAAAGCACUCUGGUAAAACCGCUGAAAAAAUAACCCAGCAGCGACUGAACCUCUACAGGAGGUCAGAAAGACAAGAGCUUGCUGAACUUGUGAAAAAUAGAAUGAAACACUUGGGUCUUUCUACAGUGGGAUAUGAUGAAAUGAAUGAUCAUCAGAGUACACUCUCCUACAUCCUGAUUAAUCCGUCUCCAGAUACCAGACUAGAGCUGAAUGAUGUUGUGUACUUAAUCCGACCAGAUCCACUGUCCUACCUUCCAAACAGUGAAACCAGUCGAAAAAACAGCAUCUGCAAUGCCACUGGACAAGACGCACGGGAGGAAACUCAGCUUUGAUAAAAAGAAAACAGGAAACUUACUUUAUUCUACAAGGGUCUUGAUUGAACUAACAAAGUGAAAGGAACCAGACUGGAAUAUAUUACAUUCUCUCAUAUUAAAAAGAAAAUCUAUUCUCUUACUAUUCCAUAUCAUUUUAAAACUUAAUAUACUAUUUAUUGGUUCUUCCUCUAUUAAUAUUUAAAGGAUAAAAAUGGAAUGAUUUUUGAAGACCUAUAUUAAAAUACUAAAAUAAAAAUUUUAUAUGUAAUUGUUCAACAGUAAUUCAAACUGUAUGGAGUCAAUUUUAAAAAUUAUUAAAGUUUUAUGAAAGUAAACUAAAAAUCUUAAUUAUAUUUGGUGUAUCACAAUGAGCAUAGAAGAGCAUUGCUCCUCUUAUAAUUUAAAUGGUCAUAUUAAAUUUAAAUUUGCGGUUUUACAAAAUUGAGCUCAUCGUAAAUGUCUAAUCUUCUCCACCAAGAAAUUCGUAUGGCUGCCUUUUAUGUAAGAAUCAUGGUUUUAAAGUAUAAAACCUUAAAUCAUUUCAACCUUUUUUUUGUUCUGCCUUUUCAUAAGCUAUCAUAUCCACCUUAGUAUUCAAGAUGCUCAUAGCAUGUUUUAUUACACAGAUGAAACAAAAAUAUAAACAAAAAGAAAUAUUAAGGACCUGAGCUUUUUGAUAAUUUGUGUCUAUCACACUGUUUAUACCAAGAAAAGUAUACUAAAAACAAAUAUCUAGUGUCUUAAAAGAGUGCCUAGCAUAUAGAAAAUAUGUAAUACAUAUUUGUCUACUUAAAUCCAAUAAUUGAAAUGUUAACUGGAUUCCUUGAGCCACACAGUAAUGAUUUUCAUUAGUCUGUUGAGCGUUAACAUUUUUCAUAUAAUUAUUUAGUAAAUUUCAUUAAAAAUACUGUAAAAUGGAAAGAAAAUUUAUUCUUUUUAUGGACUUUAAGGUCACUUAAAACAUUAAAAGUCUCUUUAUGUCUUUGAUAUUAAAAUAAUCACCUUGAAAAUAUGUCAAAUAUUUGAAAAACAUUGUGAGGAAAAUGUAUAACAUUAAAAUAAGUGAUUCUUGUCCCAUAAGUUAAAAUGAAUGAUGCAGUAUAAUUCGACAGUUAUAAAUUUAAAUAUAUAUUGCAUCUUGGUGACUGCAAAUGCUUUUAUCUAUAUUUAUCUAUAUUCCCCUACAGAAAUGGACCAAAAAUGCCAAGAUAAUGUCCACGUGGUUGACCAGGUAGUUGAAGUGAGUUAUUGUGUUUCCAUCGGAGAAACACUGAUAGGUUUUUAUUUUUCUUCUAAGGUUAUAUUUUUGUUUAUUUGUUUACUUGACAUUGAGUUUUAAGUCACCAAAAAAUAGAAACCAUACUAAUAGAAAGGGACAUUUUGCCCCAUCUUUUAGUAAUGAAACAGAUAAAUGGAAAAUUGGAAAACAUUUUUUAAAGGACAGCCUAAUGUUCCCCCAAUAAUUCUACAGAGAUAAAAAUCUGAAAUCAAAGACUUUAGCCAUCAUAUAAUUUGACUUCGAGAAAAUGAAAUCUUUUUUUUUUUAGUAUUUUACAUUUUCCACGUUUUAUAACAGUAAGUCAUCAAGAAUUUUCCUAAGAAGGAGAGUUUAUCUUUCCAUCUUCUUUGAUGAGAUAGACAGAGGCAGACUAUAUUAAAACAGUUUAUUUAAAAUUGGGAGCAUGCCUUAAAAUUUAAAUAUUAUAUGCAUAUAUAUGUCUGUGUUUUAAACAUGAAAUAAAUUUGACAAACACACAUAUUCACAUAUAGAUUGUUGAAAUUGAAGGCAGAAUUGAACUAAUACAUGUAACAGAGAAGUAAUUAGCAAACUUGCUUCAUAUUUGCACAUCAAUGGUAAGUAUGAUGUUUUUUGAGUUGACUUUUUUAAUUUCAUUAAGUUAUUUUUAGGAAUAAAUAUAAGAUUUUACAAAUAUAUUUCCCCACAAGAUCUGAAGUUUAGUAUUUUUGCAUUAUGACAGUUGUUAAGACUAGGGUUUUAAGCUAGGAUAUGAUUAUAUUUCCUAUAAAACUAAAAACUUUGUUUCAUAAAUUUAAAAAUAAUUAUUUUUGAUUAUGAAUAUUAGUCCAAAUUUAAUAUUUGACACUUCAUAUCAGCCUGCUGUAAUAAUAGCUUGUUAGUCUUUCUGUUAUUUAAAGAAUAAAAACAUGCUUAUAAGACUUUUACCAAACUGUUGCCUUUUUAAAACAAUUAUACUUGCACAUGAAAAUAAAACAUAAAGUCAAAAGUAGCUAUUGUAUCACUUUGAGAAUUGGUUUUGUUUAUUGUCUGUGUACAUUUUGCUACUAGUUACAUUGAAUUGCUUUAAAAUAAAAUUAUUUCCAAUGAU